AUUUGGCGUCUUUGGUUCGCAGGCUAGCUUAGCUUGCUAACUGCUAACACAGAGGAGAAAUCAAGUGUGAGCGUAAAGUACUGUGAUUGUCUGAAAAUGUGUAAAGUACAAACGCUGAGAGCGUUGGUGAAUCGGCGGCUAACUGCGGCUGUUGAAGAAAUAUUUGUCGUGUUGGAAAGAACGAUAGCAGAGUACGAAGAGGAACUUUCUCGAACAAAAGACGAGAACGAGCGACAACGUCAACUACUGGACGCUGUUUUCAAGAUGCCUCAGGUUGUGUUGCACAGAGCAGAUGUCGGCGAAGGACAUCUUCCACCUGAGCAGCAGGAGUGGAACUCCAGAAUGGAGCAGGAGAAGCUACAUGACCCCCACAUUAAAGAGGAACAGGGGGCUCAUAGCAACAGUCAGGAGGGAGAGCAUUUUGAAGGACUGGAGGAGUUCCCUGUGAUUGGUGUGACUGUGAAGAGUGAAGAUGAUGAAGGUCAAAGUGAGGAAAAGAGAGAGGUGGAGCCUCCAAGCAGCAGCUCAACUCAACACAUGACAACAGAAGCUGAUGGAGACCACUGUGGAGGAUCACAAGCACACAACCUCUUAGCUCCACUAUCAGAUAGUGACGACACAAGGUCACACUCUCCUGACACUGAUGAUGAAGACGCUGAAGCGGAUAUGACAUGUCACACUGACAACACACGCUUUAAAUGCUCUCAAUGUGACAAAACAUUGAAACACUACCGUAGUCUUAAAAGACACAUGAAUGUGCACACGGACAACCCACACUUUAAAUGCCCUCAAUGUGACAAAACAUUUAAACACCAACGUAGUCUUAAAACACACAUGAAAAUACACACUGACAUGUGCUGGAAAUGCUCUGAAUGUGACAAAGCUUUUGUUAGCAAGAUAAAUCUGAAAAUACACAUGAGACACCACACAGGUGAGAAACCUUUCGCCUGCUCAAUUUGUGGUAAAAGAUUCUCGACGUCGUCAAACUUGAAAGUACACACAAGCAUACACACUGGAGAGAAACCUUUUCCUUGCCCGGAGUGUGGUAAACAAUUCAAAGUAAAAGAUGCUUUAAAGAGACAUAUAACAAGACAUACUGGAGAGAAACCUUUUGCUUGCUCGGUGUGCAAUAAACGAUUCACAGAAAAAGGUGAUUUAAAUAGCCACUCGAUAAUACACACUGGAAAGAAACCUUUUUCCUGCUCAAUCUGUGGUAAAGAAUUUGUGAAGAAGUCACGUUUAAAAACACACACAUUAAUACACAGUGGUGAGAAACCUUUUCCUUGCGUGCUGUGUGGUAAAAGAUUCUUUCAAAAAUGUGACUUAGAAAGACACACAAGAGUACACACUGGAGAGAAGCCUUUUGAGAAGCCUUUUUCCUGUGCAGUUUGUGGUAAAGGUUUCUCUCAGAAGAUAGGUUUGACAGUACACGCAAGAACACACACGUUGGAUAAUGUUUAUCCUUGUUUAGUAUGUGGUCAGCGAUUCACAAAUACUACAAACUUGAUUGAACACGUAAGAAUCCACGCUGGGGAGAAACUUGAAAACUUUAUUUAAAGGACGCAUCCAGCUGGAUUUCAAAGAAUACUAAUGGAAGUUUGAAUAAGCAAGACUGUAUGACUUUUUAAAAAAACAGUGUAAAAGAAGCACUUCUAAUGUUGCUAACUGACAUUAUUAUUAAAUGUUUGCAUUAUUUGCUGCAUCUAUCACAUGUAUGAACACACUUUUGUUCUUGUUGACUAGACCCUUAAAAAAAGGGGGGUUCUCAUUGUUUCAAUACCUGGCCAGGGUUGCGCAAAGAAAGACAUAGAGGGGCUCAAACAGCCUAAAACACAACUAAUGACGUCCAUGGCUUCUCUAAGUGAAGGUCUGAAUGUAUUGUUGGUCCUUAUGUGCCCUGUGAUUCACUGUCUUUUGUCAAUA